CCUUCGUAUGUUUAAUGUUUAUUCCACUGUUACAUUCAUGUGUUUUUCUCGGCAAAGUUUUAAAAAUUUAGAAAUGGCCAAAAAGAAAGAAACACAUAUUUGGCUGAAGAAAUAAGUUGGUCCGGGGGUGGGCGCGGAAUCGGAGGGCGGAAAGCGUAAAUUGAGAAAGUGUAAGCCGAAAUUCCAAGUAAAGGUGAGAGGGUUUUGUCGACUCGGAACGGUCGAAAAUGUUGUGGUCAAGGCACGUCAGGUCACCAUCCCACCUGAUUUGGGACAAUUUCUACCUGUCGACAACCCAGAAGGUGCUGAUAAUUUCGGCAGGAGCAGGACUUGCACUCCUUGUAGUUGUUGCUUCACAUAUGAAAAGGAGAAAGAAGAGCAGUUCGUUCAGUGUUUCAAGAUUAAAGCAAAAACCCACUGAGCAGAGCAAUAAAACACCAGCAACCUUGUCUCCAAAUGGAGAUCAUGGGAGUGUAGUGGGCUCUCACCGAAGUGGUAGCCCUGCGGCCACAAGGACUGUUUAUCGCCAGCCAUCUGUCCUGUCAACGCUUUCCGACCGCCUCUCUGCUGCUGGCCUUUCACACGCAGAAGUAAAACUCACACCUCAGCAAUUGGGAGCUAUGGGAAAUCCGAAAGUAAAGACGAAACAUUCUCUCGACGCGAUAAAAGUAGCAAGAAUGACGGUGGCCAUACGAGUGUUCAGCGGAAUGGAAGCAUUAGACAAUGGGAUUAACUACUGGGAGGAUGCUCUUGCUGCUUAUCAAAACGGUACCGUUGGCCCUCUUUGUCUCACCGACCAAGAAGAAGCUCAGUUUGCAUCAGACCUCCAACAGCUUUUGGAAAUUGCUUACAAGCUGCAGAGAAAGUGCGAGCUUCUUUUUCUCGAUCAGAGAUCUGUGCUUUUUCGUGCUGAUGGGUCCAUCCGAGAAGAUUCCUUCCAUGGUGAUACCUUUUCCUCGGCUGAAUCUUUUGUCUCCGCUCAGGAUGAGAUAGCCGAUCUGAGAGAAUUUGAUGAAUAUUUAGAUUUUACAACAGACACCGAAAAACUUGCUCUUUAUCAAUCUGCUAUGAAACAGUUUGAAGAGUUUGGCAUCCCAUACAGAUGUCUUCGCACUGAAAUGGUCCACUGCAGUUCAGAUUUGGAAUACCUUGGUAAACUUCAUUGUGUUCGUUUAGCAUUUCAAUGGAUGUUCAAGAGCCAGGAAACUUGGAAAUGGUUUGCAGACUCUGGAAGGCAAAUACUGGCCGACCUCCUACUUUAUGCAGAUAAGGACCCUAAAGAUUUUUUAAUUGCAUAUGAAGAAAUGCUCCAUUUUAUUUCUUCAGAUGGUAAAAUUUGGUCUGACAUUGAGAAAGAACUUAGCCUGAAGGGAGUUAAGGCAAUGACGUUCUAUGAUGUUGUACUGGACUACAUUCUUAUGGAUGCUUUUGAAGAUCUUGAGGUGCCGCCUUCCUCGGUCACAGCUGUUGUGCAAAACCGAUGGCUAUCUAACGGUUUUAAGGAAUCGGCUCUUGCCACAGCCGUUUGGUCUGUCCUUAAAGCAAAAAGAAGAAUGCUAACUUUUCCCAACGGAUUUAUGUCACAUUUUUACGCCAUUUCUGAACAGAUGUCACCACUGAUGGCAUGGGGUUUUCUAGGUCCGGAUGACAAUUUACGUGAAAUCUGUCAGUUUUUCAAGGAUCAAGUCAUGGGAUUCUUGAUGGACACCUUCAGUUUUCAAAAGUGCAGGUAUACAACUGUAGAAGAACUUGCUGAAGACGUUUUAAAGCAUGUAAAGGAUAGAGUGUUUAACUUAAACACAAAACUGUCAAAAGUAGAUGUUGAAAACCAGUAGACUUUUGAAAUGAUAUUAUAGAUUUUGCAUUCCCGUCGUUUUGUACCCCAUGUAUUAUUUUUAACAAUUUCAAAUUAAAACAUUGGGGGUUGCUGUUACCAUUGCAAAAUUAUAUGAAAAAUAACUAUUCUUAAUCAAAAUGCAUACCUAUAUUAUAGAAAACGAUAAAUUCUCAAAACAAAAUAAAAUAUAAACUAUCCUAGAGUGGAUAGUUUAUACUGUAUUUAUUCAGAUAUCG